AUAUCAUAAAGCUAUAAAGUCAGACCAUGUAUCGUACCAAGUCAUAAGACUUCUAACAGCCUUUCGUUCACGACGCGUUUUGCCUUAGCCUCUUACCACCGCCUAUAAGCCUUUAGGACCUCCAACGUGAUGAAAUCUGUCGGUCUUGUCCUUCUUCUCAUAGCAGCCUUUGCCUACUCCGGUGUUGAAGGUGCAAAUGCGUGUGAAACGGCCCUCAAAUCCAAAUGGACGCUAUAUAAUGGAAUUCGUGGAAAUAGCGUCCCUAUUUCUGUCGUCGACGCCUGCCUGUUGGAUCCAGCAGGACGUGCAGCCUUGGUUGCAGGGCAAGGUUAUUCUGGCUGCCAGGGUUACAACUACUAUGAAGGAGGCGAUAUCAAGUGCGACGUUCUCUUCGCUCCCUUCUGGAAAUGUAUAGCGGCAAAACUUGGUUACUUGAAGACUAAUGGGUCGAUCGAACAGAAGAAGAUCUUAGCCCAGUUCAAAGCUGACGCCACUAGUGACCCCAAGUGCAGCGUUGCUCAGUACAACUUCGCUGUGAAAAAAUGUGGCACUACCAUCAAAAACUACAAUUUCCUGAAGAAAGUCCAAGGCAUCGCCACGGCGACGGACCAGUUCACGGCCGGCUGACCUGCGCAAUCUGGUCUUCAUUUCUUCAUCUGAUCGGCGGCUUCGAAGUGUUCACUACAUACAAGGUCUGAAACAACAGGUCUGAAACAAGAGGUGGUCUGACAACAUACAAGGUCUGAACAACAUACAAGGUCUGAACAACAUACAAGGUCUGAACAACAUACAAGGGGAACAACAUACAAGGUCUGAACAACAUACAAGGUCUGAACAACAUACAAGGUCUGAAACAACAGGUGCACAAUAAUAAUUAGGGGACCACUUUCUUCAGUCACUGCAACGACGUGCAGUACAAGUUGUCAAAUCGGAAGUUUAUUGUAGUUUGCCAAACAUUAAAUUCAAUAAAAUCCUGCUUAUAAUCAUAUUAAAAAUUUAUAUUAUAUUUGAAAGUUAAAUUGAAACAAUUCUGUAGAAGUGAAGCAUUUCGCUUUGUACCAGUAUAUUUUGCGUCAAGAAAUUGCUAUUUGAUGCACUUGGAAAUUUUAGGGAUUUUCACCUAAAAAAUUCGACAAGUUCAAUAUAAUGAGGAUUGAAUUUAAGUUUAAAUGAAUAAGUGUAUAACGAAUCAUUAUAAACUGUAAACCAGAAAUCCUAAUAGGCUUAGCGUUCCUAGCACUGCUGGCGAAGGGAACUUUUACGAACCUUUAUCUUUGUUUUUUCUUCUUUACCUUGGUUUUACUUCUGAUUCAUAUAAACAAACAAUUAUUAUACUGUAUUGUGAUCCUAACGAGGUUGAAAACGUUUCGGAACACUUAAAAAUAAAAUAUUCACACAGCUUGGACGAAAUAGUUUACAAUACAUUAUGUGCAUGAA